UAAAGGACACAUGACACAAAAAAUAUUUUGUCUGCAUUCAAUGUAUUUAUCAUUCUUAAGUCAGAUUCUCACACUGAAUCUGUUAAACAAGCAUCAGAUAACAACGCACAGCUGGAUAAAGUAAUCUAUAAAUACUAGCCGAAGCAGUUCUCCGAGCAAUGCCGACAGUUAAUGAGAUAAGCGUCACGUGGGUGUUUUAUACGUCAGAGGUGAGCUUCUUGCAAAUUUUCACUGUAUCUUAUUCAAAACAAUGGAAGGAGAUUCGUCAGAUGGAUUUUCUCUUGCACCAGAAGAAAUUAGACCCUAUAAUUUUGAGCCUUUAUUAGACAACACUCAAGGCAGAAAUGGAAGUGAAUCUGAAGAUUCAGAGGACAGUGAUUUGGGGUUAAAUGAGGAAAAUGCAGUAGGAGGAAUUGCUACCCGAAGACAGAAUUUAGCAUGGUGUGUCUGUCAAAGGUGCCAAGUAAUGGAAACUGAUGAAGAAUGUUUAUGCUGUCAUGAAAUUGCACCCAUUUUAGAAAAAAUAGAAGCUAAACAUUUAAAGUGCAUCACGGAACAUGAUGGGUUUCAGGGAAAUUGUCUAAAUAUUGAUGUCCUGGAACUCUCCAUGUAUGAGUUUAUAGACACGGAUGGGCCCCUUGAUGACAACGAACCAAUUCACCAAUUAUACAGAUACUUAGCAUACAGGCGAUUUACUCGUUGGAUCUGGCAUAUCCUUGGAAAAAGGAGACGAAAAAUUAUCCCAGCUUGUGUGGUAUCCAAAAUCAGACAGACAUUUCCAUCAGAGUCUUAUGCCGGUUUCAAAUAUCCACGUUUAUGAAGUGAUAUAA